AGGAUUAAAAGACAAGCACAUGGAGAUAAAAAUUUAGUUGUAAUGCAAUAUAUGAGGGCAAGGUAAUGAGGAACCAGGGCGGGGCGAGGGCGGUAAACACGAGCUGUUCCUCUCAGCUGAUCCACGUGCACCGCCACCAUGUUCUGGAGUUUGCUGCUUGAGCCUGGCAAGCGUUACACUAAGGUGGUGGACAGCCCCUUCCACAUCUCAGCUGCUGUCCUUGACACCUCCACCCAGGACCAUGGCAUUGUUAGGGUUAUUGUGGACAUAGGGGACACGGAGGCACUCAUUGCCAACCUGAGCUACAAGCACGGCAUUCUCCAGUUCCCUCUCGACCUCCAGUUUGAUUCUGGGAGUCGCAUUUCUUUCUACACCACGGGAGCCAAGAGCAACGUGCACCUGUCUGGCUAUGUGACGUACGACGAGGAGCUCUUCUCGGAGGAUGACGACGAAGGGAGUAGUGAUGAGGAAGAAGUGCCAACAUUAAUUAAUGUGUCUACCAAGAGGAAGCCAGAAGAGAGCUCCUCGCCAGGCAACAAAAAGGCAAAACUGCAGAAAAUCACUCCAGUGACUCCUAACAAGGAUGUUGUACCAGAGACUCUGAUCAACCACGUCUUUAUAGUAGCGGGCAAGGUGAGCAUCACUAAACCCGAGAAGAAGGCCAAUGCUACAGUGACGGUGAAGAAACCAGAAACAGUGGCCUUGGAUGACAAGGAUGAGGAUGGGCUAGACGACAGUGAGGAAGAGGAGGAUGAGCUAGAGGAGGAAGACAUAGAUGAUGAUGAUGAUGAUGAUGAGGAGGAGGAGGAUGAAGAUGAGGAAGAUGAGAUGGAGGAGGAAGAGAGUGAUGAAGAGGAGGAAGAAAUAACGAUGAUAAAUGAACAAAAGAAGACAAAGAAGGCAAACAAUAUGGCUUCCAAAAAAGACGCAUUCCCAACAAAAGAACCAGUUGCUGUUUUCAAGGCAGAGAAGACUCCCAAAGGUGCCAAGACUCCAGGUAGUGAGGGUGCCAAAACACCCAAAGCACCAAAGACCCCCAAGGAUGCUAAAACACCCACGACUCCCAAGACUCCUGGUGGUGAGGGUGGGGCACCAAACAAAGCCAAGAAGACUCCCAAUAAACCUCAGGGAGCCAAUGCAACAGCGACACAGAAUGGGAAAACUCCAAAAUCAGAGAUCCCAGCCAAGGAGCCAAGCAAGUCACCUCAGACGCCCAAGACGGUGAAGCCGGGCGGAGUGGUGUGUGAAGAUCUGGUGGUGGGCAAAGGACCCGAGGCAAAGAGUGGCAAGAUGGUGUCCGUUUACUACGUGGGCCGUUUGAUGAACAACAAGAAGAUUUUUGAUAAGUGUGACACUGGCAAAGGGUUCAAGUUCCGCCUUGGGAGUGGUGAGGUCAUCAAGGGCUGGGACAUUGGAGUCGGUGGCAUGAGGAUUGGUGGCAAGAGAAAAAUUACUUGUCCUCCCCACAUGGCUUAUGGCAAGAAGGGGGCUCCUCCGGCCAUCCCUGGGAACGCAACACUCUCCUUUCUUGUAGAACUGAAGGGAAUCAGCUAAGGAUAUUAUUUUGUAUUUCAUCAUUUCUGAUAAGAAUCUACAAGUAGCUUGUCUUUGUUUUAAUAUAAAUUAAGCAAAAUCACGCGGAAAGUUGUACAUUACAUGAAGGUUACGCCAAAGUCAGAUACGUUAGUACAAGUGUCUUGUGUGAGAGUGGCAUUGAAGGUUUGAACUUCCCUGGAUAAGAGUGAAUCUGUGCAAGAAAGUGUGUGGGACCAUUGAUGGAUGUUAUGGUUCAAAGUUUUAUCGUUACAAAUGAGUGUCUUGGUGAAUACAGGUUAUGUGAAGUAUCGUGUUUUUCUGAGCAUGUAAGGAAGUUGUUUAUAAUAAAAUGAAGUAAUA